GGUAAGACAAAAGUGCAGUCGCCUAGUCGUCAUCGAUCGUCAAGCGACCGAGCUCCACGAGGGUUUUCUCCAUUGCAGUUUCAGAAUCUCAGAAGCUCCAUCUUACUCGUGAACAACUUCCUCCCAAACAAGCUUCUUCAAUCUCAACGACAAAAAAUUUCACCUGGACUAGUCAAGGAAACGGAACCUAUUUAUGGAAUCAUUGUGUCUUGACAUUGAAACCAGUAUGUGCCUCACAUCCUCAGAACCAGAGCUGCCUGUUUCUGAAGAUUUUGGGGAGUUCAUGCGCUCUCGCUUAUCUCAGUCAAAACGACCAGACCAUGAACAACUAUGCGCUGCCAUCGAAGAGCUAUCUAAAAUCCUAGCAGAAGACAAUCUUAGUCGGACACCUGUGGCUUACUUCGCCGCAACAUGCAGAUCGCUAGACAGCAUCUUGUCUGCAGAUGCCGAACCACGUUUGGAUGUUGUUCAGCCACAUGUUGUCAUCCUUUCCCUUGUGUUCCCUAAAGUCUCAGCAGGAGUACUGAAGAGGAAUGGUUUGGCUUUGCGUCUUGUCCUCAACGUUCUGCGUCUUAGAUCAGCCACACCUGAGUGCUUGAUUUCGGCAUUGAAGUGUCUUGUUCAUCUCCUCACAACCGUUGAGUCCGUUAUGGGGAACGAAGGCUCUGAAUCUUACACAAUCUUGCUGAAUUUCGUAACUCAUUCAGACGGAAAGGUAAGAAAGGUAGCAAACUCGUGUCUCCGUGAUGUCCUGCAAAAAUCCCAUGGAACAAAGGCCUGGCAAUCAGUCAGUGGAGCUAUCGCAGAAUUGUUCCAGAAAUAUUUAGACCUUGCCAAAUCGGAAGAGGGUUCUAACGAAGGAGCCAGGGCAGCACAGCAAGUGAUUUACAUUCUCAUCACCCUGAAAGAGUGCUUGGCCCUGAUGUCGAAAAAGCACAUGGCUACUCUGAUCUUGGGCUUUAAGAACCUGCUGAUUCUGCGCGAUCCAUUUGUUACAAGGCCGGUGAUAGACUCUUUAAAUGCAGUUUGUCUUAAUCCAGCCUCUGAGGUUCCAGUUGAGGCGCUAAUUGAAGUGUUAUCUAUUGCCGCUGAACCGUUCUCAGCGCAUGAAACAUCUGCUGAUGCCAUGACCUUCACUGCACGUUUACUGAAAGUUGGGUUGACGAGGGCUUUUUCCCUUAACAGAGAUCUUUGUGUGGCCAAACUUCCUAAGGUGUUCAAUGGUCUGAUAGAUAUGAUUGCAUCUGAACACGAGGAGGCAAUCUUUGCAGCAACGGAUUCAUUGAAGAGUUUGAUAGAUUCAUGCCUUGAUGAAAGCUUGAUCAGAGAAAGCGUCAACGAAAUCCGGAAUUCAAACUUGGAUGGUAGGAAGUCUAGACCAACAGUCGUUGAAAAGCUGUGUGCAACAGUUGAAAGCUUGCUUGAUUACAAGUACCAUGCAGUCUGGGACAUGGCUUUUCAAGUAGUUUCGGCGAUGUUUGAUAAAUUAGGUGAAGAUUCUACAUAUUUUAUGAGGAAGACCCUCAAGGACUUGUCAGAUAUGCAAGAUUUACCUGAUGAAGACUUUCCUUAUAGAAAGCAGUUGCAUGAGUGUGUUGGAUCAGCCCUUGGUGCUAUGGGACCUGAAACAUUUUUAAGCAUUGUGCGUUUGAACCUUGAGGUGAGUGAUCUGUCUGAGGUAAACGUUUGGCUCUUCCCAAUCCUGAAGCAGUACACAGUUGGAGGGCGGUUAAGUUUCUUUACAGAGACUAUUUUUAGAAUGGUCGAAACAAUGAGCCAGAAAGCUCAACAGCUCAAGCUACAAGGUCUUACCGGAGCAUCCAGGAGUGUGGAUUCUCUCGUAUAUUCAUUAUGGGCUUUGCUACCUUCUUUUUGUAAUUAUCCUGUGGAUACCGUGGAGAGCUUUGCGGAUCUGGGGCGAAUAUUGUGUGGAGCUCUUCAAACGCAGACUGAAACACGCGGAAUUAUAUGCACCAGUUUGAAUAUUCUGGUUCAACAAAAUAAGGAAGUUGUGGACGGUAAAGAAGUACUUGCCAAUGAUGCUAGUCCUGCUACGCUACGAGCCGUAGCUCGUUAUGAUUCACACCAUGCGGCAGCUAAUUUGAAAGUUCUGCAGUCGUGUGCUCCUAGAUUAUUGGAUGUAUUGUCAAGGAUUUUUCAUGAAUCUGGCAAUGAUGAUGGCGGUUCUCUUCAGUCUGCAAUAGGCAACCUGGUUUCCAUAGCGGAGAAAAAGACUGUUUCAAAGCUACUUUUCAAUACACUGCGAGAGCUUCUAAAGGCUACGCAAACUGCCAUUGCACAAGAUGAAAGUUCUGCUAGUGGGAUGGACGUCGAUAAUACCGCAGACAAAAAUUCUUCUUCCAAUCUUAGGGCAAGUUUGUUUGAUCUGUUAGCUUCGCUUGUACCUGGUUUGGAUAGUGAAAAACAUCAAGAAGUAGAUGCCGUAUUCAGUUCUCUGAAGCCUGCGAUGCAGGAUCCCAAAGGCCAAAUUCAAAAGAAAGCCUACAAAGUUCUUUCGAUCAUCUUGAAGAGUUCUGAUGGAUUUGUUUCAAAGAACCUCGAGGAGUUGCUUGAGCUGAUGCACAAUAUUUGCCAUGUCUCGGCCAAGCGCCAUAAACUUGAUUGUUUAUACUUCUUGCUAGCUCAUGCGUCAAGGACUGACGAUUUAAAGGAGAGAAAGGACAUUGUUUCUUCAUUUCUACCCGAAGUUAUACUUGCUUUAAAGGAGGUAAAUAAAAAAACAAGAAGCAGAGCCUACGACGUGCUUGUUCAGAUUGGGCACGCAUAUGCAGAUGAGGAAAAUGGUGGAGACAAUGAGAAAUUACAUGGUUACUUCAAUAUGGUGGUUGGUUGCUUGGCUGGAGAAAAACCUCAGAUGAUUAGUGCUGCUGUUAAGGGCGUAGCUCGUUUGACAUAUGAAUUCUCCGAUCUUAUAGCUAGUGCUUACAAUUUGCUUCCUUCAACAUUUCUUCUCCUCCAGAGAAGAAAUAAGGAAAUUACAAAAGCAAAUUUAGGUUUGUUGAAGGUGUUGGUGGCUAAAUCUCCCGUUGAAGGACUACACGCGAACUUAAAGAGCAUGGUUGAAGGCUUACUGAAGUGGCCGGAAGGAACCAAAAACCUUUUUAAAGCAAAGGUGAGGCUUCUGUUGGAGAUGCUCAUCAAGAAAUGUGGCACGGAGGCUGUCAAGUCUGUGAUGCCUGAGGAACAUAUGAAACUCCUGACAAACAUUCGAAAGGUCAAGGAACGUAAAGAGAAAAAAUAUGCAGCUGGCUCUGAGAUGAGUAGAUCGCAGCACUCAAAAGAAACUUCAUCAAAGGCUAGCCGGUGGAAUGAUACCAAGAUAUUUUCUGAUUUUGCGGAUGAAGACGAGGACAGCGAUGGAGACUACAUGGAUGGGCGGUCGCAUGGCCGUAGCAAGGCUUCCUCUUUGUUGAAAUCUAAAGCAUCCGCUUUGAGAUCCAAGAAAAAUCAGAGGCAGAGCCAUCUUGAAGUUGACGAGUCAGAUGAUGAACCACUUGACUUAAUGGAUCGAUACAAAACAAGAUCAGCUCUUCGAUCAAGUGAGCUUCGCAAACGGAAAGCUGACUCGGAUGAGGAAGCAGAGUUUGAUGUGGAAGGACGGCUAAUCAUCCAUGAAGGAGAGAGAGGUAAAAAGAAGGAAAUCUCUGAUGCAGAUUCGGAUGCCAAGAGCAGCAAAGGUAGCCGUUUCUCUGUAAACACAUCGAGGAAGAACCAAAAGCGAAUAAAGACAUCAGAGUCUGGAUACGCUUACACAGGCAAAGAGUAUGCAAGCAAAAAGGCAAGUGGCGAUCUUAAGAGGAAAGAUAAGCUUGAACCAUAUGCGUAUUGGCCACUUGAUCGCAAGAUGAUGAGCCGUAGACCAGAUCAGCGGGCAGUUGCAGUCAGAGGUAUGUCUAGUGUGGUUAAGAUGGCAAAGAGGAUGGAAGGCAAGAGCGCUGCAGAAGCACUUGCCACCACUAAGUUCAAAAAAUUCAAGAGGAGUGGUCAGAAGAAAUCGUCUGGGAAGAAGAAGAAAAGCAAGUAAACAAGUGGCAUAAGCUUCCCACCAUGUUCAAGUUAUCAGAAUAGUUUAUUUAAUACACAUUUUUUGACUGAUGAAACUUGAAAUACCAUUUUGACCAUUUUGUAUUGUAAUCAGAUUUUUAAAUUGGUUUUCAGAGUUAAUACUGGAUUGUUAUCGUCA